AUGGCUUGUUCUACGCCAAAUACAAAGUGUUGCGUUCGACGAAAGGAAUCGGAACCAACCGAUCCACAGUCAGCAUAUCAAAUUCCAAAUUACAGUUCUGCAGAUAUUACGAAAUCGGAUGAUAGUAAUGUGUUCAACGCUUCGGAAUACCAAAAUGAUCCAUUCUUAUGUCCAGGCCAUUGUGUUUUGAAUUCGUUGCAAUCAAAGUGUGAAAGUCCAGCUGUAAUCAUACCAAACACCUCGAAUUGUGAAGACGACACGAUCUGUUGUGAUGAUACAAAUGUGCCAGUAACAGCAACACCAAAGCCAACUAAACGACCACGACCACGGCCAACACAUGCUACAACAACACAGGCGACAUUUUGGUCAGCAACUACCGAUUCGAGAAAAGAGUGUCCAGGCCUUUGUAUCGCUAAUUUGAUUCGUUUUACAUGUUACGGUAAUGCCGAAAUAACAGAUUUAUUCAAAUGUAAACGACCAACAACCAUAUGUUGUACAAGCAAAGAAUUGGUUCACGAAACGCUGGCUCAGUUGUAUUUCAAUCAGCCAAUACCGCCACAUGGCCAUGAACCCUUCCUUUCACAUUCAUACGACACAUUGCAGAAAUACGAAGAGCCGGAUUCAAACGAAAGCAACGAUUCGGAAUUGAAUGAAGGCGGAGUAUAUUCAUGUCCUGGCGUUUGCGUUGCCAAUCACUUUGCCGGAUACUGUGAAGCAUAUUUGAGUUCAAAUGAUCUGUGUGAGCCCGGCUCUAGAUGUUGUGUUUCUCGUGAAAAUUCAGUAAAACCCGUGUCUGAUACCCGCAUAAUCCCUAAGAAGGGCCAUACUAACCAUACGUUGCCAGUUGCGAAUCCAGUGCAACUCAUUUCGAUGAUUAUUAGUUCGGAUCGGUCAACGAGCACUGUGAAACCGAUAAAAUCAACAGUUAUCGCAGUGGAAACUGAAUCGAAGGAAGACUCAUCUUCGAAUUCCGGUGAAUCGUCACCAUCGCAACUAUUAAUUCAAAGCUCAACCAAGGAUAGUUCUACUGAGUCUUCAAACACAAAAUUACUCCCAGAUACGGCAGCAAACACUGCGGAGGCCGAAUCAAACGAAAACUCAACAUCGAAAACAGUUGAAUCGAAAACUUUUCAAUCUACUGGCGAUACAACUCAAAGCCCAACCGAAUUCAGUUCAACGGAAUCCACUUCAAUUGUAGCUGAAACAGAAUUGAACCAAGAAUCAGAGAAACCAAUACUAAACGGCGUUUAA